CGGCGAACCGAUCGAUCGAGUCGACGCCGCCGGCCCCGUUCAACCGCGUCGCGUCCUCGCCGUCUCAACCCCGUCGUCAGUUUUGGCCAUCUGAGACAAUGUUUUCCUCGGGAAGAUUUGGUUUCCGGCGUGCAAGCAACUUCGAGCAAACCUAUCGCUGCUAUUCAGCGUCCUUCUUCAACAGGCCACAGCUGGAAGGCGGCGACAAGGUGAUCAUGCCGGCAUCUGCUCUGGCUCGCCUGGCUUCCAUGCGCAUCGAGUAUCCUAUGCUGUUCGAGCUCCACAACGCCGCCGCCGAGCGGACUUCGCACUGCGGGGUGCUGGAGUUCGUGGCAGAGGAAGGCACGAUCAUCAUGCCUUACUGGAUGAUGCAGAACAUGCUCCUUCAAGAGGGCGACACCGUGCGCGUCAGGAGCGCCACCCUGCCCAAGGGUACCUAUGUGAAGCUGCAGCCUCACACGAGCGACUUUCUGGACAUCUCGAAUCCGAAAGCCAUCUUGGAGAAGACUCUGAGGACUUUCUCUUGCUUAACCACGGGGAACAGCAUCGUGGUGGCUUAUAACAACAAACAGUAUCACAUUGAUAUUGUUGAAGCCAAGCCUGCUUCUGCGGUUAGCAUUAUCGAGACGGAUUGUGAAGUGGACUUUGCGCCCCCUCUCGAUUAUAAAGAACCUGAGAAACCACAGCCAACUGUUGUUCCUGCAAGCAAGGAAGUUGCUCAAGAUCAAGAAUCUAAUGUUGAAGAAGAUGAACCAAAAUUCAAGCCAUUCACUGGUUCGGCAAAACGGUUGGAUGGUAAGGGUUCAAAACAGCAAGCACCUGAAGUCCCUUCAGCUGCUGCGCCUGCAAGUUCUGCACCUUCAGUCUUAAACAAAAGGGCAAGUCAGCAAACUUCUGCACCUUCAGGAGCUAGCACUUCCACACGCCAGAAAACAGGAAAGCUUGUUUUUGGUUCAAGCGCAAGCAACAAGAAAGAAGCACAAGCACAAAAGGAGCCUGUUAAAGUGAGUGAGCCUCCAAAGAAGGAAGAACCGAAGUUCAACGCGUUCAGUGGAAAGAGCUACUCAUUGAAGAAUUAGCUGCUAUCUAUUAACUACGGAUAACUUGGAACCGAACAUGUUAUCUUGCUUGGAAGUUGUCUGCUCACUGUGGUAGCUGUAGACAAUUUUUUUUUUCUUUUGCUGUAGACAAUUUUGUAUCUUCACUUGGCAUACAUCUGAAUCAGCAGCCGUGUGGUGGAAAUAAAGUGUAUAGAUUCUUUGCUUGAUGGCUAUCUGUUAAUCUAG